CUUUCAGAAACGCAGUGCGCAUACCACUCUCACCUUCUCUCUCCCCACCCUUUACAUAUCCAUACCCAACCUCUCCGCACCUGCACGCCAUGACCUCGAAACCCUGUGCCGCAUUCGAGCCGAUUGUAUGCGUUGUCGACUUCCACCAUGCCAGAGGACCCGAGGUAGAGACGUGGAUUGGCGUCAAGGAGGGCGAGGAUCCCGCCGCGGAGAACGACUGGUCGUCCAUCCUGCCCUUUCUCGCGCUCGCGGACGGCGCGCACUCGUGAGGCUUUCCCUCUCCCCCUCGCUGGGCACGGGUCCCGGCCUCGUGAAUCGUGUGCUGAGAGCUGGUUGCAAACCCCAGGUCCACGGAAGACUUCUCGUACUUCACCCUGCGACUCAAGAAGACGGACAGGAGACCGGCCUCGUCGUUGUUCGGCAUAUCAUGCACGCGCCAGAUCGACUCGUCGUCGCUCAUAAACCGCCCGCCGGACGUGACGCGGUCGACGAAGCAGAAAGCCGUGGUCGUCAUAUGUGACUCGCCCCAAUACUUCGGACAGCUCAAGGAGAAGCUCUCGAUCAUAACGAAGGCGUGGUUCGCGCAGAGGGACUUCACGGACAUGACCGUGUUGCAAGAGUUCCAAGAGAGCCUUGCGAAGAGCUUCAAGGAGCAGGAGGGGGAAGGUUCAGACGGCUUUUUCGGCCUAGGCCUGAGGGAGCUCAUCCACGAGUACAAGCAUCAGAUUUUGGUGCUGUUCAAAUGCUUGCUGUUGCAGCCCAAGAUGCUUUUUUUCGGAACGAAUUGCGAGAGACUGUGCAUGAUCCAGUUCUCCCUUAUUUCCCUGAUUCCGGGCCUGAUACGACAUCUCCAGGAUUGCGCAGAUCCGGCCUUCAACGCGUACGAGGAGCAUUUGGUCAAACCUACGAGCCUCAGAACCAGCGAACGCGCUUCGCUCCUUUCCUACGUCGGACUGCCUCUCCAGAUAUUUGGCAAAGGCUCCCUCUUCGGUCCCUACACCCCACUUCAACAGCUGGAUAUCCUUGCGGACCACGACACAAAAUCCUACGUCGUGGGAAGUACAAACUCGCUUCUGCUGGACCAGAAGGAAAGAUACUCGGACAUCUUCAUAAAUCUUGACGAGGGUACGAUUACGUUCUCGAAUCAGCAGCUGCGGGCGGCGUUAGCGUUGACGGUUCCCGAUCGGCGGUGGAUAGACUUUUUAACGCAAACAGUUAACGACACUUGGGACGAAUCGAAUCCGGGAAGGCCGAAUACGCUGGGAUAUGCAGGCAGUGAGGAGUUUAUACGUCUGCAAUUUGAGGAGUACCUGCUCGCACUGCUGUCUGCGGUCAAGUACAGACAGUACGUCGAGAAGCACAAAGACGAUCCCAAGGCUUUGUUGCACGAAGUCGAAGGUGACCCUGCGAAUGAGUUUGGAGCGGAGUGGGUGAAGGCCUGGAUGGCGACGGAAAAUUACAGGGUGUUCGACAAGUUCACAGACAUCCAUAUCUUCGACAUCGUCGAGCCCAAUCACCCAUGUACGGGUGGAUUGACGAUUGAAGACAUUCAGCGUCGCUUAGCAGCUCAGGUGGCUGAACUACAUCUUGAUGAGCGCCUCAACUCCAGCCGGGAGGUUAUCGGAAAGCACCUGGCUACAGGACAGGCUAGAGUGAGUGAGGCGUUCAACAAUCUUUGGGCAGAUAUCGAAAAGAAGAGAGGGGAGCAGCGGAAAAGGGCAGCAGAACGUAGAGCUGCUGGUGACUCCGACGGCGACUCCGAUGGCAAUGGGAAAGCAGCGAAUGGCAUAAGAUAUCCACGAGCACCGGAUUUGACCCAAGCACAGGCAGCUGUGCAAGCAGCCGGUCAGAGAGCAGGUGCUUAUUUCUCUUCCUGGAGCAAAUGGGCUUCGGAGAAGAGGCAGCAGGGCUGGGGGAGGAGCGUGAGCCAGGAGCCAAAUGCCAAGCGAAUGUCGAUGGUUGACAAGUCGAAGAAUGAGAAAGACACCACAGUUGCGACGCCCGCGGCAACGGACAUGUCAGAGAAAAAGGAGGGGCCAAAAUCCACCCAGAAACAACUACGCGAGAUUUCAACUAGGACUUCUCAGGAGACAUCUGUUUCUACAAGAACGUCAGCUGAGACGAAGACUGAUGUGCCAGUCGAAACCAAAGUCGAGGGUAACGACACAAGUUAGAAGAUUCGUGAAAUCAAUCGUCCGUCCUUGCCCCGAGUCAUGAUGUUGGUCAUCAGCUUCUUGCUUGCCGCCUUCUAUCAGAGUUUCACAGCCCGUUCUCCAUUCCUGCACAAUUGACGAUAGUUUGUCUUUUGGCUUGUGUGCGCGUCGCUCAACAAAAUCAUUUGCAAAGCAAUUUUGCGUAGGGCAAGCUCAGUAAACUCGUCGAAGACCAGAAAGACGUCAAGUCGAGCAUGGGAAGACAACACGUUUGUGCACCUAGCUAUCAGCGCCCUCGCGAACAGAUGAGGGGUCAAAGAAUGUUGGUAUACGUCGAGCAAGGGGCUGAGAGAAAAGAAAAAUAAAAUAAAAGCCGGUUCCACACGUGCUGGAGGAGUACGUUGAUGAAUGUUUCAAUGCGAUGCUUGUCGACGUGACUCGUGUGUAUUGAGAGCUGUAAGUAGUAUCUAAAAGUAGCAAAUGAUGCG